UACAAUCACUAGCUUUUUCUCAAGUCAUUUCAGGGAUCUGGAGGGAUGCCACCUUCCCCCUUCCCCACACACACAAUGAUGCUGAGGUCCCUGGAGAACAGCAGCAGCACGUCCUCCACCUUCCUGCUGAGCGGCGUGCCUGGGCUGGAGCAUGUGCACCUCUGGGUCUCCAUCCCGCUGUGCUUCAUAUACCUCGUUUCCAUCCUGGGCAACUGCACCAUUCUGUGUAUCAUUAAAACAGAGCCCUCGCUCCAUGAGCCUAUGUACCUCUUCCUGUCCAUGCUGGCUCUGACCGACCUGGGUCUGUCCCUUUGCACCCUCCCUACAGUGCUAGGCAUCUUUUGGAUUGGGGCGCGCGAUAUUGGUCAUGAUGCCUGUUUUGCCCAGCUCUUUUUCAUUCAUUGCUUGUCCUUCCUGGAGUCCUCCGUGCUACUGUCAAUGGCCUUCGACCGCUUUGUGGCCAUUUGUCGCCCCUUGCACUAUGCGUCCAUUCUCACCAACACCGUCAUUGGCAGGAUGGGCCUAGCCUCCCUGGGCCGCAGUGUAGUGCUCAUUUUCCCAUUACCUUUUAUGCUCAAAAGGUUCCCGUAUUGUGGCUCCCCAGUCCUCUCACAUCCUUAUUGUCUCCACCAGGAAGUGAUGAAGUUGGCCUGUGCAGACAUCAGAGCCAACAGCGUCUAUGGCUUGUUUGUCAUUGUUUCCACAGUGGGUGUAGAUUCACUCCUCAUUCUCCUCUCCUAUGCCCUGAUCCUGCACACCGUGCUGUCCAUCGCAUCCAGGGCCGAAAGACUCAAGGCUCUUAACACCUGUGUUUCCCACAUCUGCGCUGUGCUCCUCUUCUACACUCCCAUGAUUGGCCUGUCUGUCAUCCACCGCUUUGGGAAGCAGGCGCCUCAUCUGGUCCAGGUGAUCAUGGGCUUUGUGUACCUUCUCUUCCCUCCACUGAUGAACCCCAUCGUCUACAGUGUGAAGACCAAACAGAUCCGAGAUCGUGUGACCCAAGCCUUUUGUUACUAGCUGGGUCUAGUAUUGGAGGCACUAUUUCCGUAAAUAUGCCC